UCUAUGUCAACUGAACUCCUCCUCCUGCUGUCUGGAUAUUCUACCCACAAGCUUUUUGAUAAAAGUGAAAAAUGAGCAACUUUUCUGAUAAUGGUGUUGAUGUAAGAUGAUGGAUCCCAACAGAAGAUGAUUUCUGCAGAACAUCUAUGCAAAGAAGUAAUUAGUCUGAAGAAACAAUAAACCUAAAACUCUUCAAGGACUCAGAGGUUUUGCUGCAAAAGGCUGCCCUCUCAGGCAGUGGACUUUGAAGCAUUUCAGCAGCAUGUUACUUCCUGAAAAGAUGGCGGACGAGUUAAGAGGAGAUAAGAGACUCGCGCCAGAGGAUCGUUUCCCGUCAUUCUCUCCAGGGACUGCAUCACAGCCGAUUGGAGGACAGAUCUGCUAUCAGCAGCUCAUUAAUUAUUCAUCGUCUGAGAAGUACUUGUGGAACACACUUGUACAUUUAUUUGUUUUUACUUCCAUUUGACCAUCAAACUAUUUUAUAUGUUUGUGACAUUGCGUGAUGAAUGUCUGCAACUUCUACAGAGCAAAUUGUUGCUUCUAAAUAAAGCUGUUGGAUUGAAUAGAGCCUGAAACUCUUUUUUUAAAACUUGUGUUUGACAUACAAACAGAAAAAUAACUUUUUUUUUUCGUCCAAACCCUAGAAAAAAAUUCUGGAUACAUUUUGACAGUUUCUUGGCUUGUAAGUCCCUCUCCUAACCUUUGUGAGAGCACUGCUGUGCUGUAACUUUUCUCAGUCCUGUCAGAGGUACUUCCUGUUCAGAGUUCUGCCACCUCCCUGCAAAAGCAAAAAAAAAAAGAAGAAGAAAAAAAAAACCUUGAUUGUGUUAUGCACGGAGGCGGGUUCAUUGUGGUUUUUGUCUCCAGUUACUGUCACCUUUCCAUUUGCACAUCUUACUCACCAGCCAAGCUCUUCCACUCAUGCUUGUCUGACAAGAAGCGGAGGACUUUGAGACUAGAAGACAUGAAUAAGAUAGUUUUCGCUGUCAUCUUUGGACUAGUGACCGCUUUGGGUUUGCCUCUCAAUGUGGUUUCACUGUGGAUUAUGCUCCGUCGCCACGGCCUGACGUCGCCCAGUGCUGUUUUCAUGGUCAACCUGGUGAUCUCCGACUUGCUGCUCAUCAUCACUUUACCUCUAAGAGUUUACUUUUAUGCAACAGAUACGGGGAUCAUCAACAACUAUGUGUGCAUCUUUUUCACAAUGCUCUUUCGCAACAACAUCCGCUCCAGCUCCAUCUUCAUGACCUUCAUCAGCGUGGACCGCUUACUGGCUGUCGUGUAUCCUCUCAGGUCUCGGCACAUACGGACUUCGGCCAACGCCUCAAAAGGUGCGGCGCUGGUUUGGCUGAUUGUGCUGGUGGUGAAUAUCCCGGAGGGUUUGACCUUCACACGGAAUAUAAGGAAACACUCAGGGACCUGUUUUGAUUUUUCCAAUACGACCGCCUCAACAAGAAACAAUUCAAAUGGCGAAUGGACACUGAACACCUCAGCAGCAGAUUAUUUUCAGCUCGUGCUAACAUUCUCCAUGCUGGCAGUCAACAUCAUUUCCACAGUUCUGGUGUCUUAUACUCUCCAGAACCACCUGAAGGAAUCUGCCAGGGUCAGCAACAAGGUGAACGUCAUGUUGAUUUUUGCCAUGAACCUCAUGAUGUUCAUCAUCUUCUUUUUGCCGGUGUCUUUGGUGGUUUUCUUUGAGUCAUCGAGACCUUAUCUGAGCUGCCUCGCUAGUGUGAACUGCUGCAUGGACCCUCUGUUGUACUACUUUUCUUUCGAUGGCUUCUGGAAGAAGAAAGAGGACGUGGACACAUCUCUUGCAAGAGAAAUGUGACGGCUGAACCCCCUCGUAGUUCACUCAACUAAGCAUAUCUCAGUGAUGAUGCUUUUCCUGCUGCAUUUUGCAGCCGCGGCUGCUUUUGCUGCUGUUAUGGAAAUGGGAGAACAAAGUCUGUCAGCCUGUUGGAUGGAAUGCCUGACAGUGAACAAUGGUACAGACCUUCACAAAUCAUCGGACAGGAAUUAAUAAACCUCCUUUGCUUUUAAAAAACAAAAACUCAACGGGGAAGGCUGUCAGGAUGAAGAGAAGUUUGUCUGGCAUCUGUAAAAUGUUUUUGGACCUUUUGUGAUAAUUCACCUUUAGACAGGUGAGGCUGUUGUGUGCAUUUGUGUGACAGUAUAUCCAGGGCACAGUGACGUCCAGUAAAGCUGCCACAUAGACGGGUAUCUGUGUCGGGGGCGGGGCUUCCCUGAAAGCUUCAUAAUAAAAAGAGUCAACAUGUAAAGCCAUCAAUCAGGCAGUAAUUGUGUAUUUUUUGUUCAAUGACAUGUUCUACUUUUGUAAGCUCUGAGAAAAGUUGGCUAAAAUGUGUUCAAAACACUUGACAACUUUUUUGGUGAAAUUGUUGUUGCAGCAGCUGCAGCCUGCAAAGCAAACCCCUCACUGAAACCAGAUUUGCUGUUUGUGCUGGUUUUGAUGUGUACACUCAACUUAGCCUCCAGAUACUUUACAUUUGAGUGUUAAUGAAACUAUGCAUCACGAGCAAGAGUUUUAGAUAAGCAGAACACAAAGUAGCAAUGCAUGUUGUUUCAUCCUGCACACAGAUUUCAUCAACUUACUGUUGAUUAUUACGGCAGCAGUCAAAGCUGGGAUUUUAUUAUUUUUUUCUCUAACACGUGCUUUUUCACAUGCUUUGUCUUUUCUUUGGACCUAUGUCCCUUUUGUCUUGUAAAUCAUUGAGCCGUUUUGUGAAAUAUUUCUGUGUCCUCUCAUGAA